GCCCCAGUCAUGUCCCACCCGGAGCGAUGGGGAAGCUCGAGGACAACGAGAGGGUGAUCCUCAACGUGGGGGGCACGCGGCACGAGACCUACCGCAGCACCCUGAAGACCCUGCCGGGCACCCGCCUGGCCCUGCUCGCCGCCGAGUCGCAGGGCGAGUCCCCCGGCGCCGAGGAGCCGCCGCCGCCCGAGUUCUUCUUCGACCGCCACCCGGGAGUCUUCGCCUAUGUGCUCAACUACUACCGCACCGGCAAGCUGCACUGCCCCGCCGACGUGUGCGGGCCGCUCUUCGAGGAGGAGCUGGCCUUCUGGGGCAUCGACGAGACCGACGUGGAGCCCUGCUGCUGGAUGACUUACCGGCAGCACCGAGACGCCGAGGAAGCGCUCGACAUCUUCGAGGCGCCCGACCUGCUGACGGGCGAGCCGCCCCCCGACGGCGACGACGACGACAUGACGGCCAAGCGGCUGGGCAUCGAGGACGUGGCGGCGGCCGCUGAAGGCAAGGGCGGGCGCUGGAGGCGGCUGCAGCCCCGCGUCUGGGCGCUCUUCGAGGACCCCUACUCCUCGCGGGCCGCCAGGUUCAUCGCCUUUGCCUCCUUAUUCUUCAUCCUAGUUUCAAUCACAACCUUUUGCCUGGAAACGCAUGAGGCUUUCAAUACUAUUAUAAAUAAAACUGAGCAGGUUGUCAAUGGAACAGAAACUGUACCACAGUAUGAAAUUGAGACAGAUCCUGCCCUAACCUAUGUGGAAGGAGUCUGCGUAGUAUGGUUUACAUUUGAAUUUUUAGUGCGUGUUGUUUUUUCCCCCAACAAACUUGAAUUCAUCAAAAACCUCUUGAAUAUCAUUGACUUUGUGGCCAUCCUGCCCUUUUACCUAGAAGUGGGCCUGAGCGGGCUCUCCUCCAAAGCUGCAAAGGAUGUACUUGGUUUCCUCAGGGUAGUAAGGUUUGUGAGGAUCCUGCGAAUCUUCAAGCUCACACGGCACUUUGUGGGCCUCAGGGUGCUGGGCCACACUCUGAGAGCCAGCACCAAUGAAUUUUUGCUGCUGAUAAUAUUCUUGGCACUCGGUGUUUUGAUAUUUGCCACCAUGAUCUACUACGCAGAGCGUGUGGGAGCUCAGCCCAAUGAUCCGUCAGCAAGUGAGCAUACACAGUUCAAAAAUAUCCCUAUUGGUUUCUGGUGGGCUGUAGUCACCAUGACAACCUUGGGGUAUGGGGACAUGUAUCCACGGACUUGGUCAGGUAUGCUGGUGGGAGCCCUGUGUGCGUUAGCAGGGGUGCUCACCAUAGCCAUGCCUGUGCCUGUGAUUGUUAACAACUUUGGGAUGUACUACUCCCUGGCCAUGGCAAAGCAGAAACUGCCGAGGAAGAGGAAGAAGCACAUCCCUCCUGCUCCUCAAGCUAGCUCUCCCACCUUCUGCAAGACAGACUUGAACAUGGCCUGCAAUAGCACACAAGGGGACAUCUGCCUGGGCAAGGACAACCAGUUGAUGGAGCACAACAGAUCAUCAGGUAGGACCCCACUGGAGAUGCAUGUCCUCUGAGAAUGCUUUAUAGACCAGUAUGUUUGGUAGGGGUCAGAAAGCAGCCAGUCUUUCUGCCAGGAGAAGACAUAGCUCCCACCCUUCUCCCCUCCAGUGUUUGCGUGUGUCAGUCUCAUAGAGGACAAAAUAGUUAUAGUGACAUUCUCAAACCUCUAUGUAGCUGGUCUAUACAGUUUUGCUUGCUCUGUUGAGAAUGCUUUCCUGCUGAUGAUAUCAACCUUUUCUUUUGCCUGUUGUUUGUUGUGUUAUAUGGAUGUUUCUUGUUUUUUCUGCAUGACUGUGACUAUUUGAGCAGCCACUGUGUCCCACUCUGUUGGACUCCAUGGUGUUUUGCCUCAGUGUUUGUCUCUUGUGUCAGCUUUGCCUGUGCCACAUCGUGGCCUGUUAAGCAAGAUCCUACAAAGAAGCAGUCAUUUAAAAGGAGCAGGUGCUUUACAUCAAAAGCCCAGCACUCAAAGGAAAUAAAGAGAAAUUCUCUCUCUAGUUCUCUUUCUAUUUGGCAUUCUGCUUCCCUGGCUAGAAAAAAAAUCCUUCAUCUGUGUUAGAUGAGACAUUGCAUGACAUUUACUAUUAAUUGGGUGAUAAAAGUGAAACUGAUGUAGGGUUUUUCAAGAAAAAUGAAAAUAGCCCCUCACCACAUCCAUGUUAUUAGUGUUGAUUUUCAUGAUUUUUAUUACCUUACU